GCUCAGUGGCUUGUAAAUGUGGAUGCAAACGUCACCCUCUCUGCUCAAUAUUGAAAGUUUAAAAGGUAUUUAUUCUAACAAGUGUUAACAGGAAUUUGACCAAGUUGAAUGUGCAGACGGGGAUGAAUUUAGCAAUGGAGAAUUGUAAGAGUGAUGCGAAAAACCUACUUAUGAACGAAAACUUCUUUAAGAUGCAUCGCCUAAUCAACGAUAAAGCAAGCGAGAAGUUUCGCAUGCGUUUUCUCGACUUGUGGAAUGCAUCUGGAAACCCAGAAUGGGAAAAUAUUCCACACUUUGGGAGGACGUUUAUUGAGGAUAUUGGAUCAAGUUUAUACUACAAAAGUAAGAAAAUUCAGAAACAGCUUCUGGAGUCUGGUCAGAUUAAUACCUGGGAUCUACCCCUGCUUUUUGCGUCAAUUCAGUCAAUUAACACUUAUACAAAUACAAAAUCCUCACGAACUGAUUUCGACGAACUGUUAAGAAUUCGAAAUAAGCUUUCCCAUCUUGGCAGCACAGAAUUAGGUGACGACGAAUUUGCGAAGUUAUGGAGUGCAGCCACAAAUAUUCUUUUGAAAUAUGGCCUAAGCCAAGGGGAAAUUGAUGACGUGCUAACCAUGAAACUUGGGACAACAACCGAGUUUGAAGACAAACUCAAUCAAAAUCUUGAUAAAAUUAAGAUGCUAAGAGAAGAAGGGAAUGCUUUAUUUAAAAAUGGCGAGUUCAAGCGGUCCAUCGAACGUUACUCUGAAGCAAUGUUGGUCGAAAAUAUAAGUACUACGGAACUCGGGAUUUUGUAUUCAAAUAGAUCCGCAGCCCACUUGGGAGUCAAAAAUUAUUCUGAUGCAAAAAUUGAUGCGAGGUGUUCCGUAAAUCUAAGACCAAAUUGGGGAAGAGGUUACUACAGACUGGGGUGUACUUAUGACAAACUUGAGCAGUACGAUAAGGCGCUGUACUAUUACAAUCUAUCUUUGAAAUAUGAUCCCUCAAAUUCAAGAUGUUUAGAUUGCCAGCAAGGUGCUAUUCACAUGAUUGCAAAGAGAAACCGUCAAGAACAUCUGGAUCCGCUGACAAUGCCAGUUACAGACGCAGAUAUGCUUGCAUUUCGCGAAAGGGUUACCGGUCCUGAAAUGAUUGCAGUUGGUGAAUUGCUCUCCGAUAAGAUAAAGAAGGAAAGAUACCUGGCUGGAGAUCCACACUAUACAUGCACUGAAGCUCACAAUUAUCUUUGCGGUCUGAAGGGUUACACCCAAAAUUAUGAGCGGGCUGCCCAACUAUUCGCCAAAGCGGCCAAGGAAGGGAGUGCGGAGGGAAUGUACAAUCUAGCAAAACUAACAUCGGAAGGAAAAGGUGUCCAAAGAAAUAUGGUAGAGUCCUUUCAAUUAUUCCUCAGAGCAGCGGAUCGGCCACGACUGAUGGAAAUAUUACCGGGAACUGGAGUGAAGACAAGGAGAAUUGGUGUCAUGGAGGCCCAGCAUGCACUAGGGUUACAUUUUGAAACUGACGGAAUACUGGGACGUGAUUAUCAUCAGGCUUACAAUUGGUAUACGAAAGCACUGCUUAACGGGAGCGGACCCUCCGCAAAUAAUUUGGGAUUAAUGUUCAGCGAGGGUAAAGGGUUUACCCCAGAUCUUGAAAAGGCGGUUGGCUAUUGGCAGAUCUCAGCACUGUACGGAAUCACCAGAGCCAUGGAAUCCCUCGCAUUUCACAAUUUUUACAACGGUAGACCAACAAGAGCCUUCAAGUGGUACACUUUGGCUGUUAAGAACAAGACAAUGAACUCCAACCUGCACAUGAUUUUCGAGAAAGAGCCCCCACUAGAGCAGUUCGUUGCGGAAGAAUUUGAACAAACCAUUGAGGAGGAACUAAUGGCGGGUCCGAUGCGAAAAUAUGUUGAUUUGAAGGACUACCACGAAAACAUUGACGGGAUGGAGAGGCGACGGGAAAGAAGACGUAAAAUGCUGGAACUUGUCCAACCAAAUGCGGCAGGCGGGAAGGUUCAGACAAUUGUGAACCAUCGAAUUGCGCUUAACCAGAUAAAGAAAGAAAAGUCAUCUGAAAGCGACUGGACCACGAAGCAAGCAAAACUAUUCCCCACAAGAACUCCAAAUUUGCUUGGAUUAAAACCAAUUACUCUGAAGGAGCUGGAUAAAUCAAUUCAUGACAAAACUUAUGACGGAUUCGCAAUUAGGUUGACGGUAAUUGAAGAUGCCAUACUCGGAUUGCCGUCGGUCCAGAUUCUGGCGGAGGAUGAAAAUGGUGACAUUGAGAAAGUUUACAUUUACAAUUACCAGCAAGGGCCAACCACCCAAGACGAACUCGGAUAUGCCUGCGCUUUCACAGUAAUUAAUCCAUAUUUUAGACUAAUGGCGGAUAGAAAAUGGGGCAUUCGCGUUGACGAUCCGAAUCUACUGAUCAAACAUCCAUUAAUGAAGGGUCAAGAUCGAUGUAGGUAUUGUGCAAAGAUCGGGAGCACAUUAAAAUGCAGGAAAUGCAGAAGAGUCUUCUACUGUUCAAAGAGUUGUUUGGAGAAAGACGAGACAGAAUUGAAACAUGGGCAUGAAGUCGGACCUCCUUUAUUUUGUAGUCCAAUUAGAACUAUUGGACAACCUUUCAUUAUUUGUGGGAGUGCUCACUUUAUAAAGUGUUUCAUUUUGGAAAUUGGAGUUGGACCAGGAGGAAAUUUUGACUUUUAUCCGGAAACCGUAAAGUGUCAUUUAAUCGGGAAUGAUCCCAAUGAAUAUUUUUAUCCUACAUUACAAGAAAAUGUUCGCAAGUUCCCGCAAAUCAUCUUAGAUCGGAUUUCCUCCUCUUCUGCCGAAAACCUUAUCGACAUACCGAACAAAAGUGUGGAUGCCGUGAUAAGCACAAUGGUGCUGUGCAGUGUUCCCAACGUUGACAAAACUUUGCAAGAAGUUUUACGUGUUUUGAAACCUGGCGGGAAAUUUUUCUAUAUGGAACACGUAAUUGAUCCUGAAGCAACUUGGUGGAGGUCGUUGCAACAAAUUCUGGAUUUCCUUGGAAUUUGGCCAUUUCUUAUUGACGAUUGUCAUUCAGCUAGAGAUACGUCGAGCAAGAUUGAAAACGCUGGAUUUGGUUCGGUUGAUCAGAAGCGGUUCUAUCUUGACCCUGUAGGGUUUUGGGGACUUUAUAUAAUUAAACCACAUAUUUAUGGCGUUGGUGUUAAAAAAAUAUGAGUAAAACCAGGUGUACACCAACUGUGGAAACAA